AUGAGCGGCAACGCUGCGAAUACCACGAUCGCUCCUCCGCCGAACUGGCAGAUGCUCUGGGGAAAUGGAGCUGGCUUCUACAACUUUCAGCUCGACAUAGUCGGCUUCCUAGCUGUCCUGGGAGAGUCUUCAGUUGUUGCGAACGCUCAGGCCUUGCUACCGCCGAAUCGUCCGACAGACCUACCGUCCAGGAAGGCAUGGGUUACCAGCGUACACACCGGCAACGCCAAGGAGCACGUCCAUCACGUAGCGAACAUCCUUCUCGGCGAAGAGCUUUCACUGUUCGAGGUCCGCUGCGUCGAGGUCACUAAGAAGCAGGAACCCAAGCCGGCGGACCGCCUUGACACAAUAUUUCGCGGCAUACAGACGUCAGCAAGAGAAUCCGCCAAUUACGACCCUCCACCGGUCAAGGCCAAGGCUACAGGGCCGCUGACCUGGGUGACUUUGACUGGGUUUUUCCUCUCGGUAUCGCUCUUCAUAACGUCGUUCGUGCUCGGUGAUGGGUACUCCAUGCUCGCGACUCUCCUCCUUUCGUUCCUAUCGACUCUUAUUGGAAUAGCCAACAAGUGGACACUCCGACUUGCAAAGCGCCCAACAGGAAAUGCACCAGACGACGCCGGCGACCUUGUGAUCCGCUACCCCAAUGGCAGCUUCCUUGUCGUCAAGUGUGACGACGAAGUCGCCAGAGAGCUUUACUUUGCGCCGGAAGAGAUUAAGUACACCAUCAAAAGCCCCGCAGUGUACCGCAUCAUCUCUUUGCUGGCGACUCUCAUCCUGAUGCUCGGCAUUAUCUUCCUGGCCAACGCGAAACUCCAGUUGCAGUUCGCCUGGGCCGCAUCAUACGGCAUCAUUAAUGCCGCGCAUUGGGCUGCGGCGGCCUUGCCAGCUCGGUCUCAUUGGGACCUGUCGUGCUACGUUAUAAGAGAGCAAAGCGUCGUCGGCGGUCCCGAGAACAAAACCUUCACAGAAGCGUUAUGGAAAGCGAUAGUCCUCGCCAAAGGCACCACCUGGGUCCGGAACGGCUCCAGCCCCGCUGCCCCUCAGACGAAGACCUGGGACAAAUGGCUGGAUGAUGCCAGCGACCUCUUGGUAACUCGUGAUGAGCUCAAAAACCCGGGGAUUGGCCGACUGGUAAAUCCCGUCAUUGAAUGGGCAGGCGACACACCAGAGAAGGGUACGGUCUGGAACAUGCCAAAAGACUGGGAUCCCAAAGCGGCCUGGGACAAGAUCUACCAAGAUAAGAAGGAAGAGGAAAAGGCGGGCAAAAUCCACGUCUGA